UUUACAAGUUGCACCGUCGGAGAAGCAGAUCACUAUGAUGCAAGGGGCACUGUUUCUGUUGAUAGCCUCUCUAGCGGGUAUUCACGCCGCAUCUUUGGAUAAUGCCAACAUAACCGUAACCGUUGUAGAGAUUUGUUCUUUCGACUCGUGCCGAAAGGGAGAAGUCUGUCAGGACUUGGACCAAGGCGGGUUUGUGUGUAUAUGCGACCCAGCGGCAGUUGACGCGCAGUGCAGCAUCCGGCUGACCUGUACCUCCACCUGGGACACCGUCUGUAAGAGCAAUUUCGGAACUGAAGCUUGUAGUGUGUGGUGUCCACCAGACUGCCUGGCUGCCGACGGUGUCGACAUCUGGGGGACAGGCAUUUAUACAGGGGAUUCCUCUAUAUGCCGAGCAGCUAUUCACGACGGGAAAAUGAAGGGCGCCAAUGGCGGCGCCUUCGUUUUGGGAUACUUGCCAGGACAGGACUCUUAUGAAUCCUCUCUCCAGAACGGCAUUCCGAGCACUGGUUACGGCGCAUGGGAUGAAUCAUUCCAUUUCGUUGAGCCUGGCUGCUCUGAUGACACCUGUCCUUUCGGGGAACGCUGUAAACCUUUGUCACAAGAAAACACUGUGUGUCUCUGCAACUCCACCCACGCCCACGACGCGUGUUACGUUCCCUUGGAUUGUACAUCGGACUGGGAGACUGCCUGCAGCCCAUUGGUUGGAAAAGGACCUUGUAGGGUAUGGUGCCCCUCCGGGUGUCUGAGCAUAUCUGCUGCUGUGUGGGGAUCAGGCAUAUACACAGGGUGUAUGUCAUUUGCUUUACAACAAAUAGCAAGUUAUACUCUUCCCCGAAUUAGUUUCUCUUGA